AUGGGCCGCCAUCUCAUCCAACAGACGGCAACGGUGCUCGCCGGGCCUCACGGAUCUUCCGGCGCGCCCAUUGUCGAGCUUAUCAAGGUCACUGCUAGCUCGAUUCUCGAGGUUGUGAUCUUGAGCUCGAUUGGUUACUACUUUGCUAGGCGAGGGAUCAUCGACAAGCAGACCCAGAACAAGAUCAACAAGAUCAAUGUCUCACUCUUCACCCCGGCCCUCCUGUUCUCCAAGGUAGCCUUCUCCCUCAACCCUCGCCGCCUCGCUGAGCUCAUCAUCGUACCGGCAGGCUUCGUCAUCGUGUCGGUAACCUCAGCACUCUCGGCAUGGAUCCUGUCCAAGAUGUUCCGCCUCUCCAAGGGGCAGCGCAACUUCUCCAUCGCCUGCGCCAUCUCGCCCAACUCCAACUCGCUGCCCGUCGCUCUCAUGCAGUCGCUAGUCGCCACGGUGCCGCAGCUUCACUGGGAGGAAGAGGGCGAGCCAGAGGACACGGUCAAUGGGAUGCUCGGUCGAGCUCUCACUUACCUCGUCCUCUACUCGACGCUUGGCAUGUUUGUGCGAUGGAGUUUGGGGGCGAAGCUGCUCAGCACCGUCGAGGAGGAAGAGCAGCAGGAACAGCCGCAAUCUGUCCUGGGCGGCCAGUAUCGUGAUGAGCCAGGACAGGCAGAAGAGGGAGGCGCUCGACCUCGCACUGCUCGCCUCGUCGACUACGAGAAUGAAAACGGCCAGGCUCCCCACAUCCGCGUCGAAGAGCCAGCAGAGGACAGAGGGGGAGCACCAGAGCCCCUGACCGAUGGAGGUCGUCCCCCCGUACCUAAGCCCAGUCGCACCCGCUCUGGUCCUCCUGCAUGGGCUCGCUCCUUCCCCAACACACCGCAAGGCGGAGCCUCACCGGAUGACAGCGUUGACGGGGAUCAAGAGGCGAAUCUUGCCACACAAACUCGAGACAAUGCCAAGAAGGUUUUGCAUCGCGUUGUCAUCGUACCUGCGCAAGCCGUCUACGGCUUCAUGACGCCGCCGCUGUGGGCUGCCGUGUUGUCACUCGUCGUCGCCCUGAUCCAGCCGCUGCAGAGGCUGCUGGACAGCAUCGAUCCGCUUGUUGGAGCACUUGAGAACUCUGGCGCCUGCUCUAUCCCUCUCACCAUGCUAGUCCUGGGUGCCUACUUCAUCGAAGACAAGAAGGCGGUCAAGAAGUCAAUGCCAGCAAACAGUGAGGAUCCAGCAGCUCAGUCAUCGGAGGAGAGCGCAGGCAAUGCACAGAGGGGGCGGCAGGGCAGCGCAGACCCUUGGCUAGGCGGACGUGAGCCCGAGGUGGCAGCAGCAUCGUCGUCGCGCUCCUCGCUGCCGUGGAUGAAGAACCCAUGGAGCGGUGGAAGCGUCAAUGGCAGCGAAUACGCGAGCGAAUACGCAGGCAGCGAGGCCGGUGUUGAUUCGCGUGGUGAGACGACCCGCUCCUCCACUGCCGCCGCUGUGGGGAUGUCCUCAUCGUCGAUGACCAAGAGCCCAGAGGAGAAGGCAGAGGAGCGCAAGACGACCAUGGAGAGGCGGACAAUUUUGGUGUCGAUCCUGUCGAGGAUGAUCGUCACGCCUUUGCUGUUGAUCCCGCCGAUGGCUUGGUAUGCCAUUGCGACGCGCUACAACGUCAUGGACGACCCAGUGUUCAUCACCUCUGCCUGCCUCAUCAUCGGCAGUCCUCCAGCUCUGACCCUGGCGCAAAUCUCUCAAACGACGAGCGGGGGCAACAACACUCUCGAGAAGCUCAUCUCCAAGACCAUCUUUGUCUCGUACGCCGUCCUGGCUGCCCCAACGACGAUCCUCCUCGUUUUGGCGGGGCUGCUCAUCGCCGAGUACGAUCACUAA